CAUCCGGGGCCAAGGAGUCAUCUGCCUACGGAAGCCGGGAGGCCCGCUGCGUUUCUGUGGUUUCCGGCAACUGCAACCUGGUGGUAGGGCUCGAAUGCGGUGGGCUUUGGGGAUCCGACUCCCGGUGACUUGGUUUCAGACCGGCCUUUCCAGCAAAGAAUUGGCCGCACGGCGAGCCGUUUUCGGCAGACACAACAUCUUUUUUGUGGUGCUGAGGAUCGAACCCGGGCCGCAUGCAUGCCAGGCAAGCGCGCUACCACAUGAGCCACAUCCCCAGCCCCCAUCCAAUUUAUUUGAACCAGCUCUUCCUUAGGAUCAGUGUCUCAUGAUUCUGGGAACUGCUUUUCCAAGUGAUGUCUGAAUUUAUUCUGGGCAGAAUCUUCCAAUCCUUUCAGCUGUUCCAGAUUGGUCAAAAGAAUGGAUUUUACAGAAGCUUACUCGGACACGUGCUCUACAGUUGGACUUGCUGCCAGGGAAGGCAAUGUUAAAAUCUUAAGGAAACUGCUCAAAAAGGGUCAUAGCAUUGAUGUUGCUGAUAACAGGGGCUGGAUGCCAAUUCAUGAAGCAGCGUAUCACAACUCUGUAGAAUGUUUGCGGAUGUUAAUUCAUGCAGAUUCUUCUGAAAACUACAUUAAGACAAAGACUUUUGAGGGCUUCUUUGCGUUACAUCUUGCUGCAAGUCAAGGACAUUGGAAGAUCGCACAGAUUCUUUUAGAAGCUGGGGCAGAUCCAAAUGCAACUACUUUAGAAGAAACCACGCCAUUGUUUUUAGCUGUUGAAAAUGGACAGAUAGAUGUGUUAAGGCUGUUACUUCGACAUGGAGCAAAUGUUAAUGGAUCCCAUUCUAUGUGUGGAUGGAACUCCUUGCACCAGGCUUCUUUCCAGGAAAAUGCUGAGAUCAUAAAAUUGCUUCUUAAAAAAGGAGCAAACAAGGAAUGCCAGGAUGACUUUGGAAUCACGCCUUUAUUUGUGGCUGCACAGUAUGGCAAGCUAGAAAGCUUGAACAUACUUAUUUCAUCGGGAGCAAAUGUAAAUUGUCAAGCGUUGGACAAAGCUACUCCCUUGUUCAUUGCUGCUCAAGAGGGUCACACAAAAUGUGUGGAACUUUUGCUGUCCAGUGGGGCAAAUCCUGAUCUUUACUGUAAUGAGGACAACUGGCAGUUACCUAUUCAUGCAGCUGCACAAAUGGGCCAUGCAAAAAUCUUGGACUUGUUAAUACCACUUACUAACCGGGCUUGUGACACUGGACUGGACAAAGUGAGCCCUGUUUACUCUGCAGUGUUUGGAGGACAUGAAGAGUGCCUGGAAAUAUUACUCCAGAAUGGCUACAGCCCAGAUGCCCAGAUGUGCCUCGUCUUUGGAUUUAGUUCUCCCAUGUGCAUGGCUUUCCAAAAGGACUGUGAAUUCUUUGGAAUUGUGAAUAUUCUUUUGAAAUAUGGAGCCCAGCUAAAUGAACUUCAUUUGGCAUACUGCCUGAAGUAUGAGAAGUUUUCAGUGUUUCGCUACUUUUUGAAGAAAGGUUGCCUGUUGGCACCAUGGAACCAUAUAUCUGAAUUUAUAAAUCAUGCAAUUAAUGCACAGAUAAAAUACAAGGAAUGGUUGCCACAUCUCCUGCUUGCUGGAUUUGACCCAUUGACUCUACUCUGCAGUUCUUGGAUUGACUCAGUCAGCGAUGACAUUCUCAUCUUCACUUUGGAAUUUACUAAUUGGAAGAGACUACCUCCAACUGUUGAAAAGAUGCUCUCUGCUCGUGCCUCAAACUCCUCCUGGGUUCUGCAACAAUGGAUUGCUGCUGUUCCAUCCCUAACACAUCUUUGUCGUUUGAAAAUUCGGUCCAGCCUAAAGCCAGAGCACCUCCUCUCUGACAGUUUUAUCCAGCAGCUGCCACUUCCCAGAAGCCUGCAUAGCUAUUUGCUCUAUGAAGAGGUUCUGAGGAUGAAUGAGAUUCCAGAACUGGAGUCACUCAUGAUGGAGAAGUGAGUGAAGCAACUUAACACAGCUCAUUGAAAACCAUCAAGACAAAAGAGCUGUGGAAUGCAAAAGUGUUCAUGAUUUUAUUUCACAAAAGAUGAUGUUUGUUUGUGUGGUUGGGUAGGUUUUGGGGACAGUAGUAAAUAAAUGUGAAUGUUUACAAGUGGGCUCAGUAAAAACAUAUUAUAAACAUCACUGAUGCUACUUUAUUGCAGUUCAUCACCAGUGCACACUUUGUGUUGUAAAACCUAACAAUUUUCUGCUUUAUUCUGCUAAUGAACUGUGAUGCUGCUUCUAGUGCUAGACAUGGCAUAUUUCUACCUAUGAUUCAUGUUUACCUGGUUCUAGGAGCUAAGAAUGGAAUGUAUAACACUUCACUUGAAGUGUAUACAACUGUGGUUUUGAAUCUGUUAUUAUUGUUGUUAUUAUUUUAGUUGGGGCUGAAUAUCUUAUGUUUAUUAAAGUUUUUCUAUCUUGUCACAUUGCAUUGUCAUCUCUUAAGCCUGUCACAUUUAUGAAGAAUUGAUAUUCAUUGCCUUUUCACAUAUAAACUCAGGGAGAAAACUUGUUUCAAAGGAAAUCAAUCAUAUUGCUAUUCUCCCCUCAAGACAUGCUCAGUUUUUUUUAAAAAAAAAUUAGGUUAGAUUAGGGGUAAAUGAGCAUAUUACUGUAUUUAGAAUAUUAAUGAGACUGAGAGGGGCAUUUAUGUAGUACCAUCUUUAAAGAAAGGUGUGUAUUCUUGAGUAACUUAAUAUCAAAUAUAAUAUUUACAUUGCAUUCAGCCCCAUAAUCAAAGGGCAGCUUUGUUCCUAUGAAACAGUAAUAUUCGGUUCUAUUAAUAUUAUAGUGUUUUUUCCUUCUUAUCUAGACAGAUUAUUAAACACCCAUGAAAUAAAGACCUCAGAAUCCUAGGUUAAUGAGGUGUCAUCACCUCAUGGGCUUUUAUAGUUGCUUAUUUGAAAUCUAGAGUCAAGAAGAAAUAAAUGUAGGACCAAGUGCACUGUCAGAAGAGGCUGUGGAGACUAGCCUUGGGAGUGGUCUGCGAGCAUUGCUGUCAUGAUAGACAACUAGAGAGGGAUCUAAAGGAGACAAAUCUUCCAUCCUGUUGGGAUCCAGUGAUUAAAAGAGAUGGUAGUAUAUCAGCAGGGUCCUCCUCUGAUAGACCUUUGCUCUUUGAUAAAAACAGGGAUGAAGGUGGGCUGACUCAGGGCAGCAUUACCAAGAUCACAAGGGAUGACUGAGCUUGUACCUUAGACUUAGAGCUACCAGUGGUGUGGAGGUAGAGUUUGUAGGUAUAAAGGCGGAAAUAAGGUUAGAUAUGGAAAACCAAGUGGAGGUUCUGAUAAUUUAAUUUAGAAAACCAAAAUUUUAUAUAAUGUGGUACUUUUAAAAUGUCAUAACCUUUAUUUUGCAAACCCUAAGUCUCUGAUUUUUAACAUAACACCAAAUUUUUGUUAUGGCCAAAUGUAUAUAGAUGUUUAAAUUUGCAGGUGAAUCUUUUUGUGUUGUUGUUGUAAUUGGACACAAUACCUUUAUUCCAUUCAUUUAUUUUUAUGUGGUGCUGAGGAUCGAACCUAGGGCCCGCAAGCGCUCUAAUGCUGAGCCACAAUCCCAGCCCUGCACUUUUUAUGUGUUUGUGUUCAAUUACACAAUAAAAACAAUUAGGGAAAGCAAUGAGGGUGGGUCCCAGGUGGAAUUCUGUCCCUGCUGGGCUGCUGCUGUGCCAUGGAACUCAGUGCAGACUACCUUCAGGAGAAUUGCAGUAGGACCUGGAGUCAGCACGAGGAGGUGGAGGACAUGGCUCUGAGUGGUCGCAUCACAAUCCCUGGUGGUAUCUGCUAAGUUCAAGGGGACGCCACUGCUUCAAAGACAUCAGCUGGUGAAUGGAUUUCUAGCAGAGGAACUCCUGCAUAUUUAUGCCUAUGAGCAGAACAGUGGUCUAUUAGCAGUGGAAAUGAGGGACCGAGUCCUAUGCAGCCAUUAAAUGAUGAAUCAGGACAAAAUAAAAAUAAUCCACAAGUUAUCCUCAUGUUCACUUUUGAAGAUCUGAAAAUCAGUAUAGAUGGCCCCUGGCCAUUUUUCGGCUUUACAGUAGUGCAAAAGUGAUACCAUACUUUGAAUUUUUUCAGGCUGGUUGUAUGUAAUAUAUUCUUUUUUUUUUUUUUUUUUUUUUAAAGAGAGAGUGGGGGAGAGAGAGAGAGAGAAUUUUUUAAUAUUUAUUUUUUAGUUCUCGGCUGACACAACAUCUUUGUUUGUACGUGGUGCUGAGGAUCGAACCCGGGCCGCACGCAUGCCAGGCGAGCGCGCUACCGCUUGAGCCACAUCCCCAGCCCCGUAAUAUAUUCUCUUAGGAUUCUGGAAAGGCUGGGCAGUGGCAGUCAGUGAGCCACAGCUCCCAGCCAGCCAUGUGAUCACAAAGGUAAACAAACAAAUGAUAUUCUACAAUGCACUUUGUUGCUAAGCUAGGAUGUUCAGUAGGUUAGGUAUAGUAAAUGCAUUUUCAGCUUAAAUUGUAUUUUCAACAUACAGUGGUACUUUUGAAACAUUUAAAAGCCCUUGGUAUUUAAAACUGGUAAGUGAUUUUACCUUAUUGUAUACAAUGUAUCUUUCUUUAGACAAAUUUGUUAUAAUAAAAUACUUGCAAUUUUUAUGAGAACUAUAAUCUAAAAGCAUAUAAAGGUAGGUGAUUUGCAGUUAUAGCUUCUGAUUGCAGUGCUACAUCCAUUUAGUGCUAGUUCCCCUUAAGCAGUGCCCCACAUGCCCAAUAAUGUUUGAUGUUGCAGUUUAAGGUCACAGUGAACCAUGUGAAAAACCCUGAUACAAUAGUUUUCUAAUAGUGGCAUGUACUACCAGAGCAGGGUAUAAACUAGAGCUUUUAAUAGAAAUGGCCAAGAUUUUGCCCCACCUUGGUCCCAUAUUUUCCUUUAAGUAUAUUGUCUGCUGAUCUUUUCUAUCAAAUAUCUUUGUGUGACCAUUUCAUGUAAUAACAGUAAUGUAGACAUUUUUUUCUUACCUCCUUUUCCAAAUAACAAGUAUCUUGAUGUGCCGCUUUCUGGUGACCCUACUUCCCAGAGGUUACCUACACCCUUCUUGUAGGUCAUCUUCCCAUGGCUACCUGUAACAAUCCCUUGACUUGCAGCCUGUGUCAUAUUUAUCAUAUGACCAGUUAACAUCUCUUACUUAAGAUCUACUCUAACUAUAUCUGAUAUGGUGAUAUUUUAUGAGUCUUUGAGUGUUGAAUGAGGUACAAUUUAGAGACAUGAGUACUUUUGAUUGGUUACUCCCUGAUAUUCUUAUAUUUUUGUUGGUCUUCAAAACAUACCAUGAUUUAUAACUGUAAUAAGAAUGUUUAUAGAUAACUACAUAUCUUUUCUAGAAUUUGAUGGUUAUGUCAGGUGGACUUGGUGGUUCAAUCAGGGUGGCCUCUAGAAAGAAGUUCAGAAUAUUCAUUUAAAAGUUUGCCUUUGAUUUUAUACUUCUCUAUAUCCUCAAAGGUAUAUUGCUUUUUAGUUAUUUUCCUUGAUAAGUCAUAGAAAUGUUUGUUUAAGAGGAAAAUCUAGCAUAAUUAUUGCUGGCAGGGGCCUAGUGCUACUGGGGAAAGAUUUUAUGGUGAGGAAUGUUGAAGGGCUACUGAAAAUGUGGCCAUUUUAAGAUUUAUGACCAAUUUUUAAAAAUUUAACAAUUUAGGGAAACAGCUUGUAGAAUUACACACUAAGUUCUUCCAGUUUCAUGAAUUCAUCCUCUCUAUAGAACAAAUGGAAGCUCAAUUCUCUGGCUUCAUCCAGAUACGCAAUUUAAAGAGAUCUCUAUGCCAACGGGAUCCCUACAGCUUUUCCUGUCAACUACAAAUAUCACACUGGCACCCUGUGUACCAUAUAUUCUCCUACACUCAGCAUUUUCCUCCUCCUUUCUCUCUUAUCCCUGUCAGACAUAACUGAGGUGUCAGGACUAAUGUGAAAAUGGGGCCCAAACCAAGAGAUUACAUUAUUCACAGCCCUAUAAUACCUGGGAUAAUUAUUUGAAAGUGAGAGUGGGUGCACCUGCUUACUCUUAAGAGCUAGUGUUGGAUCUCUGAUGUCACAUGUAUGGAUUCCCUCUGUGAGAAGGCCAUGUUUAUGACUUCAGGUAAAUAUGGCCCAUAUUUGGUGGCUUCUACACUGUCAUGAUAGUUUUAGAAGUGUAUUUGGUUCUCUUUUACCUUUUUUUAUUCUUAAAAUUUUAAAAUUUUUACUUUUUUGUGUUACUAGGGAAUUGAACUCCAGGGCACUUUACCACUGAGCUACAUUCCCAACACUUUUUAUUUUAUUUUAUUUUGAGACAGAGUUUUGCUAAGUUACUGAGGGUAUCACUGAGUUUCUGAGACUGGCAUUGAACUUGUGAUCCUUCUGCCUCAGCCUCCUGAGUUGCUGCGAUUACAGGUGUGCACCACUGCACCUGGCUCACUUUUUAAUUUUUUAACAAAACAUUUAAGGAAAAUGUAUUAUUUCUAAGUUCAUCUGUUCAAGUUUCUUGUUUUUCUUUCUCUUUUAUUGUUUUUCUCUUUGAGGUAGAAUUUUUAUGUGUAUUUAUUGUUACUAUUAUGACAAAUGGUCAUUGAAACAGUACCUUGCAGUAAGAAAACCAUUUUUCCCCCAGUAAAAUCCUGUAGUUUUAAUGAGAUAGAACUGAUUAUGCUUAGUGUUUCUGUGACAAGCUGGUUGAAAAUGUAUAGCCUCUAUUUGCAAUAACAUCAAUAAUUUAUACCGAGAGCAUGCCAGUCUGAGUUAUAUUUUUAUGGAGAAAUACUUUGAAAUAUCUUGGGCAAAGAUUGUAUAUAUCUCCUAGAGUUGGUUUAGUGGAUAAAAUGUAUCUAAAUUUUAAAUAAAGGAUAUCUUAAUAACCUGUGUUGUUAUAUUAAUAAAUCUUUAAAAUUUUCUCCUAUAGGAAUAGCAAUAAUAGCACAUUUUAAGUGUUUCAUUUAAAAAGAAAUGCAUGAUACUCAAGAAAAAUAAAACCCAGAAAAAACAGAAAGGGAAGAAAGAAGAUGGAGCUGUAGUCCUGUCAUCCAGGCCCAUUAUUGGUUAACCUUUGAAUUGGAGUAUUUUCUCUCUCUCAGGUUUUUAUUUUAUAUUUUUAAUCUGGAUACAAAUUUGAGGACGUUUUUUAAAAAAUGUACAUGUAGUUCAAAUCAAACUAUCUUUCACAAUUUCAUGCCCAGCUCGAUUCUUUUCUUUACAAUAUUAAUGAAACAUACAGCCAAGGUAAGCCCAGGAGUUAUCACAGAUUCUGAAUUGAUGAGAAUGAGAAAUGAGACAUCACCCAGUUGAUUCUCUACCUAAGAUAUCUACACAAAGCAAACAACCCCUCCUCCUUCGAAGGAAAGAAGAGGUGGAGGCGAGAUCUUUGUUAACCUGCUCAAGCAUCUGGUCUCAGCCCAGGGUAGUCAUACAAUUGCAUGUCCUUUGCAUUACUCUAGUAUGUAUGUAUGUAUGUAUAUGCUUUUAAUGAAGAAAUUUAGAAUACAAUUGUUGUAGUAAAGAUUCAGACCUCUUGGCUCCUUUUUCAUGCAUAGCACUAAUAGAUGAAGCAGAACAGGUGGUAAUUGCCAUUGGCGCACUGAGACUUGUGAAUGGCAUUUGUUUAUGUCUCUUUUACCAUCAAAUGGUUAGCCUAACCUUCUCUUCACUGCUUUCCUAUGUGGAUGAUAAAAGUCUAUCAUGAGUCAUUAUAAGGUGCUAAUUUACACUCUCUAACAUGAUGAAAUAGGUGAAGAAGAAAAGUCCAUCUGGUGACUAAAUAUGACUAUGCUUUGAACUGAACAAUUAAAAAGAAGGCAUAAUAUUUCUGAGGUUAUUAUGGAUUAUUGGAUCAAAUAAUAUGUGCUGAAGUUACCAAUCCCGAGCCUGAAUAUUAUUGUUUUUGGGGUAUGUGUGUGGUGCUGGGAUUUAGGCGAGUGUUCUACUACCACCGAGCUAUAUCCCCCGCCCCUAAAUAUUUUCUUAAUUAGAUAACACUAGUUAAUAAUGUGCAGUCUAAAUUUUGGUUUUGACACUUAAAAUUGUUAUUUACUUUUAAUUAUAUUAAACAAUAAAAUGUUCAAACCCUUAUGGUCUUCA